UAGCAUAUGCAGAGUUGCAGAUGAGAUGGUCCCAAGCCCAAGGCCUCAGAAGUUCCUGUGAGCUCUUCCUAUUAGUGCAGCCCCACACUUGCCCAGCAAGGGGUUAAGCUCUUGGCGCCAGCUCUGCACAGCAAACCCCCUCCUUUUCACAAACACUUGUAGGAAAUCAGGCUGGGCGCUUCCUGCGAGAAGGAGGAGGCAAGGCCAGGCCUCAGCUGCAGGGGCGGGGAGAAGUGAGGAGCGAUGUUUGCCUGUGAGCUGAGGCGGUUCUGGCUGGCAGAGCCGUCUGGAGGCAGUCCAGGGUGCUACGGAGGUAGGGGGCUCCCCAGGUUUGAAACAAAGACCUAGUGGGCAGCUGCCCUGAACCCAGGCUGGCAGGAUGGCGGUGUAGUCCAAAUGAGGCCACAGGCAGGAUGGCUGGUGCUGAGAGGAAUUACCUGUGACUUGGACCCCCAGCUGCAGUCCAGGCUCUUGAAGAUGAAGUGGCCCAGGUGAAGCUAGGCAAGGCCCCAUGGCCAGCUCAGGGACAGAGGCACACUGGGCUGGGCCAGGCCUGGAGCAAGGGCCCCAGAGGCGGCGCUGGGCUUGGGCUGAGGAACAGGAUGCAGAUGGAAGCAGUGACCAGGGCUGGGGAAAGGAGCAGUCUCUUCCUAAAGCCACCAGCCCUGAGCUCCUGGAGGACUUCCGUUGGGCACAGGAGCACCAGCCACCCCUGGAGUGGGACCCAGGCAUGCAGGAGUCUGAUGAGUCUUCUAGAGAAGAGACAGAAGCCGAUGAUGUGAGCAGCCCAGAGGGUUCCACCUUGCCACUGCCCUGGCUGUCCAGGCACAAUCAACAGCUGGACCUGUCUGAAGAGGACUUGGAUGAGGCAACUGGAAGCCCUGAGGCGGAGUUAGCUGAAGAGAGCUGCACAGAGCUGGAGUGUGAAGACCCAGGAGAAUCCAGCCCUGAGGCUCUGGAGCAGGGGCCAGCGGGAGGCUGGGUGGUCUCUAUCAAACAAAGCAGUAAACACAGACCUUCUGAGCACCCUAAGGUUCAUCCAUCUGUUGAACGCAGCCUCGCAAAGUCCUGGAGCAGUGGGACUGUGAGUCUCGGCCAACCUAGUGACAGCCUUGAUUCUACCUGGGAAGGAGACACUGAUGUCCCCGAGCCUGCCACGCUGGCCGAAGGACUGCCACAGAGUCCACACCAUAACCUCCCACAGCCAGAUGACAGAAAUGGAGAUGGCGUUGCUCCGGCAACACCCGCAGAAUUCCGGGACUCCUUAGCAGCACCAGCCCAGAAUCCUCAGUGCUCUGCAGGCACAUGGCGGCAGGAAACUACCAGCCUGCCCAGCUCUAGGCCUGAGGACCAAACCUGGAGGAGAACUAAGACAUCACCGAAGCCACUGCCCUCCCGGUUUACUGGCUCUAUCAGCCCCCCAAGUACUCGGCUUGGGGCGGUAAAGAAAGUUGUGUCACAGCACAAUCAAGGAGCCACUCUGGCUGGCCACUCUUCUUCAGAUGCCCCCAAGUAUGGCCGGGGGCGCCUGAACUACCCACUCCCUGACUUCUCCAAGGUGGGACCCCGGGUAAAGUUUCCCAAAGAUGAGAACUACCGACCCCCCAAGUCCAGAGGUCACAACAGGCAACAAGGCCCUACCAGACCCCUAAUCUUCAAGUCACCGGCUGAAAUUGUUCGAGAGGUACUGCUGAGCAGUGGAGAGAGAUCCCUGGCCAACAACCCUUCUCUUACCCACCCCAUCACCAGGGUGCCCCAGGAGUUCCAGACACCUGAACAAGCAACUGAGCUGGUCCAUCAGCUGCAGGAGGACUAUCACAAGCUCCUCACCAAGUACGCUGAGGCAGAGAACACCAUCGACCAGCUUCGCCUUGGGGCCAAGGUACACCUGUAUUCAGACCCGCCCCAGGCCAGUCAGAGCAUCUGCUCUGGGUCAAUGCCACAAGGAAGCAAGAUCUUGUCCUUCUCUAUCCCACAACCCAGAUCAGCAGAGUGGUGGCCGGGCCCUGAGCAGAAUCCACAGGCCUCUGAGGCCACAGGGUGGUCGUCCCCACGAGCAGACCUGAGUCCCUCCUCGUCCCCCAGCAUGGCCACCCUACGGCGGCUUCCUCAGAGCCAGGGCAUUGCCACAGACCAGCCUGCCACAGGACAGACCCAGGCACUGGCCUCCCAGGCCAGCGGGCUCCUAGCCAAGGUGGAAUCCUUCGAGGAACUGGUACUUGCCGGACAUCUCCCACCCCAGGACCAAAUCAAGAGCUUGGAGCAGCUGAGGGCGGCCCACGUGGCCCUUAAGGCAGAAUACCUUGAGGCCUGCAAAGAGCGGCAUCUGAACCCGAAGGCUGAUGCGUCCCCAGGAAGUCCCAGGACCCUCCAUCUCUGCAGAGAGCUAGGGACAGAGAUAUACCACCUGGGGCAGCGCCUGGAAGAGCUGCAGGACCACAUGGACCAGACCCAAAGAGAGCCAGAAUCAUGCAGUCCAGACCUGCAGGACAACACCCCAGCCAUGCCCUUCCUGUCCCGACCAGCUCAUCUGCCUAUGCCUUCAGGGUCAGUCUCCUCGCCAUCUGUCCACACCACCCAUGAGCCUGCCGCCACCGCCACCUCCCCUAGGAGCUCUUGCACACGGCCCAUGAACCAGGAGGUGAGCCCAGGCAGCAUCAAGGCAGGGGAAAUCCUGAAAGACCUCCCCACCCCACUCAGGGGCAGGGAGCUUCAAGUGGAGCAGGACUGCCACGGCCUUCUGGAGCAAUACCUCAGUGUGAAGUCGCUCCCUGAAGCCUUGAGGGUGGAAGACGAGGAAGAAAAGGAGGAGGAGCAGGAUUACCAUGGUACCUUGGAACUUGAUGGUCCAGGCACAGCUCCAGGAAAAGCAGAAGCCACGAGGGUACCACCAGGACAGCGCCCAGCACAGGUUGAAGAAGGCCAUAGGUCUGCCAUCCAGGAAGAUGAGGAACAGGUGGCAUCCAUGAAACCUCCAAACUUCCGGUCAUCCAUGGCCAGAGAUAGGUACACACCAGGCCUGGAUACUGCUGAAGUGUCUCAACGGGGCACCAAACCCAUGGCAUCACACCAGAGCAGUCUAACCAGCCUGGAGGAGAAUGGGUCCACAGAGCUCCUUCCUAGUAAAGCUCUGCUUCGGGCUGGCACGUCCCACAUUGAGGGGCCCUGGAUGGUGUCACCAGAGACAGACAGUGGCUUCGUGGGCUCAGAAACCAGCAUUAUAUCGCCCUUCACCCAGACCCCAGAGCACCGCCUCUCCCAUAUCAGCACUCCAGGGACAUUGGCUCAGCACCUCACUGCCUCUGUGCCUGAUGAUGGAGCCUCCCAUCCCAAGGCCAGGGGUUCUGUGGUUCCCAGAAGAUCCACUGAGGCUGGUACACCCAGAAACCGAACCCAGCAGCAUCUCUCCUGCCUGAGCGGCUCUCUCUGGCAAGGGGCACACAGCUCCCAGUUGGAACAGACGCCAGUGGUUAAGAUUGGGAUUCCCAGGUCUGAGUUCAAGAGACAGAAGCAGAUUUCCAAACAGCUCCUUCCUAGUGGAGCAACCAGCCCAGCCUCUGUCCCAGCCCCUACAGCUGCCUCGGUGCCCCAUGAGUCAACAGAGAGCACUGCCAACCUCCUCCUCACCAGGACAGAGCGAGACCAGGCCAUCAGGGAUCUACAGGCAGAGGUGUCACAGCUCCGCCUACGGCUGGAGGAGAGCCUGCAUCAGCCACACUCAGGCAGCACAACUGGUGUAGCUUCUGCUUUCCAUCACCCCACAAGGACCCAGGACAAGCUGAUGGGUUCCUCACCCCCCUGGAGCUCCCACUAUGGCAGUAAAUCCACAGAGAGAUUAUCUGGGGAGCCUAAUGGUACAGAGCCAGAUGUGCCAACAGGAAGACGGCGAGCCAGGUCCUCCUCCAUGCCUCGGGAUGUACCCAGACUAUUCCUAAGUUCAGAAUCGGAAUUGCUUUCUCCUCGGCUAUCAUCUGAGAAGAGUAGGACCUUUGAGGAGCAUCCCCAGGCUGCACAGGAGGGGACAAGAUCAGCAGGUGGCAUGAGGCAGAAGGAAAGAGUCUCCUUCCGGGGCCAAUACACAGGCCAAGAGUACCACAUUCUGCCCCCCAAGGCUGUCCUGAAGGACAGUGGCACAAUCUCCUGUCCCCACUGCCAGCCCAUUAGGACCCAGGAUGCAGGCAGUGCUGUCGCUAGAGAGCCACCAGGCCCGUCCACUGCUGAUGCCCUCCACUGUCCCCUGUGUGGUAUAAUAAGGUCCACUUCAAAAACGGAUGGCCCCAGCUCAGGCCCCUCUGAGAAGAAAACCUCAAGGAAAACUGCACCUUCCACCCCCAGCCCCAAGAGAAAGAGCAGGCAGAUGGGUUCGCCAGUGCAACCACCCCCUGGACUCUGGUACCUGGCUGCUGCACCUGCAAUCCCAGCUCCACCAGCCUUGGCCUACAUCUCCUCAGCUCCCAUCAUGCCUUACCCACCACCCACUGUGUACUAUGCAACCCCAGCACCUACCUCAGCCCGGACAGCCUCCUCAGAGCCUGCCCAGGGAUCUCGGGGAACCCGGCACUCUGUCCAUCUCGGUCUGGGUGACCUGGAAGAGCUGCAGGUGGCACUCAAUGAGGCUGCCCAGGCCGCUGAGAAUGUGCGUUCCACCACCCGCCAGCUGAGCCGUUCCCUGUCCGCGGACCUGCGCCAUGCCCGUAGCCUGCGAGGCUCUUGCCUCUUCUGACUCCCUGGAGACUCUGAGGCAGGCAGCCUCUGUUGUUCCCCAGUCACCAGUGUCCCAGAGCCAUUGAUGGCUGGAAGAUGCCAUGCCCUCUCCCCAGGAGUGCCUCCAUGUAGCAUGUUUAAAAUGGAGAGACAUUGGUCUGGUCAGUAGUGGAUGAACAUCCAGGGGACCAGCUCUGUCUAGCAGGUGUAGUGACCAUGGCUACCUCUGUCCAGGCAGAGCCUCUGAGACUUUGCUUGCUGUCUGCUCUUGCCUGUGUCUACCUGCAGCUGAUAAUAUGGAUCUUACUGGACAGAAUGUCUUUACACUGGGGAGCUAACUUGAGCUUGGAUCCUUCUUACAAGGCCAUUGAGGACAAGGAAAGCCCAAGGUUGCCGCAGCAUUCCUGUCGCCUGCCUGUAAUAGCCACGCUGAGGCAGGAAGAACCCGGAUAGGGAUUGUGUUCCUAGUAGCCUGUGGACAAGCAGAGUGCUUGGGGACCCAUAGAAUGUCUCAGGAUGGAGGCGUCAGGUGACACAUGCCCAGACCUUCUGUGAUUACAGAAGUUUUCCCCAUGCACCCACAGAGUGCAGGCAGCCCAUGUAGGGCCAGGAAACACCUGCCAGCCCCAGACCUUCCCUCUAUUUCUUUGCAUUUGGUUAGCAUCCAUUAGGGGACCAAGCUACCUGCCAGGCCCUGGCUGAGACUGAGAAACUGGCUAACACCUCUUCCCCCAUCCCAUAGCAGAGUGAUCUCAGCAUUUCUGAAAUGUGUGUUUACCACAGAUUGUUUAUAUAUUUGAGGCAUUUAAAAAUCUAUUUUCGUUAUAAAAAGCUGAUGAAGGAAAAUGAAUAAUGUUCUUAAGGGAAAAGAAAUUCCCAAAGCUA